AGGGCUCCAAAGAAAUCCAGAGAGAAUCGAAAUUCAGUUAAAAAGGGGGGAGAACGUGGCAGCAGCAGGCGAGGCCGUGCCCCCGAACCAAUUUCCCUGUUUCCCUCUCUCCCACACGCUCCUUCUUACCCCAAAAACACACUCCCAACUCCUCUCCAACCAACGAAAGAGAAAAAGGCAACGACGCCUCUACUUGGGAAGCGCGCUCUCUCCGCCACGUUCUCUCUCCCGCAUGGCCUCCGUCUCCAGAUCUCUUCCCGGCGGAUCCGGCGGUAAGAUCCUCCGCCCCCGCCGCUCCCUCCGCCCCUCCGCCACCCCCUACGACCGCCCCUCCGCCUCCGCCCCCGCCUCCCCGUCCCAAACCCUAAUUGGCUCUCCAAGCUCAUCCUCUCCCCCACCCGCCCUCAUUGCCUCCGGCGCCGGCAAGGUCCUCUCCUCCGUCUUCGGCCCCGAGUCCGAGUCCUCCUCCGACUCCGGCUCCGGCUCCGGCUCCGGCUCCGACUCCUCCGGCGAUGCCUCCGCUUCCGAUGACGAUAUUGAUUCUAACGACAAUGACCUCGGCGGGGCCGUCGAAUUGCAUAAGGAGAAUCUGUCAUCAGAAAUAGAACCAAGGACAGAGGCCCCAAUAAAUGUGGGAAAGGUUGGAGCAAAGCACUUAAUCGAGAAGUUAAUUUUGCAGGAGACUUUCUCUUGGGAAGAAUAUGACAAAUUAAUUGGCAUCAUUAAAACUAGAGUAGUGAGAUCUCCCCUCAGCUUAGAUGGAGAGGGUGGGCGGAUGAGUGAAGUUCACGACAGAGCAAACUGUGGAGAUGUAGACAUGUCUCAUCUAUGCAGUACAGCUGUCGUGGAAGCAAAGAAAUGGUUGCAGGAGAGGAAAUUAGGAUCAAAUUCAGAGUUGGAUCUGGAUAAUGCAACCCCCAGUGUAAACCCUAGCUGGUCACCACAUGUUACUGAAGGUGAAACUGGCUCACCAGUGGAUGUAGCCAAGUCGUAUAUGAGUGAACGUCCUCCAUGGGCCUCUCCAUGCUUUAAUACUGCUGGGCAAAGAUGUGCCUCGCCGGUGAGGAUGCAGUUUUCCAAGGAAGAUACACUGUUUUCAAUUGGUGGAAACCCCCUAUCUCCAUCGAAGCUUCAGCUGAAAAGGGAUUCACCUAUCAGUGGUUCAUGGAACAUUUCCGAGGAAAUAAGGAAGGUGCGAUCAAAGGCAACAGAAGAAUUGCUAAGGGCUUCAUCUUCCAAAAGAGCUGAUCCUGGAUCCAAUCUGAGGGAUUCAUCCAUGGCAAAAAUCGAUUGGUCUGCAUCUGGACAUGAAAGCAAUCGUAGCUCAUAUUUGGGCAGCAACCUAGCAGAUGUCCUGGGAGAGAGAAGGCCUGGCUCUGCAUUACUGGUUGAUGCAUCUUCGGACCUGCCUGACCCACAAGCUGCUUCUCAGCCAUCAGCAAGCGCGCAAGAUGAUCUGCAAGAGAGAGUGUUGCCUUCUCCACCUGCUAUAAUUUCUGAACAGAUUAAGGAUUUGGAAGGAGAUCUGGUCAUGACUGAAGGAAAAGGAGGUCUGCAGGACGGCUCAAGAGAUACCGUGACUGUUCUACAUAGUGGUGCUGGUUCUACUGGUGUUUGUGAUGGUCCCAAAGACCUCAAUGGAUUUAGCCAGCAAGAUGGUUCACUGAAGACAAGUAUACCUGAGGGGGCUCAAACUGAAGGUUCAGUUGACGCUAAUGGUUUCCCUGCUCCUGGAGCAAGCUUGUCAGCUGGGAUGGAACCUGAACAUGAAAAUCAUAGGUCAUACGACGAGGAGAUUAAACCUGUUGAACCGAGCAUUCCUACCAUUCCCCAUGCGGAGGAGACGUGUGAGCUCCUCAGCGAAACUUCUAUUGAGGUCCCAAUUGUAAAUGAGAGUAGCGAGAUUGAUGGUGUUGCCACCGGCUCCCAAAACAAUGCUGACAUGCAAUAUGAAGAAUUAUCUCAGGACCUUACUCAACCACAUGAAAAAUACAGUGGCACAGGUAAGAGACGCAUUGUGAGUGAGAAACAAGAAGGAAGAAAGCAACCCAGAUACAGCAGGAGGGGCAGAGGACGGGGAAAACAAAAUUAAGUCGCGAUCUUGUAUUUAGAUUUUUAUUGUUGUAACUUAGUUAAAGGGCAGUGAAUGGUAGGAUAGGAUAAUACCGGGCAGCCUUUUUUAAGUUGCAUGCUCUGUGACCAGAUCUUUGUGGUUUUCUUUUUAUCUUUUUAGUCCGUACUUUGUCCCUGUUGGGGCUCUUCAAAUUGUUUUUUUGUUUCUUUUUCACUGCCAUUGGGUGGAGGUUCAGUAGGGAAGAAAUGUUUCCACUUCAUAAAAUUUAUAAAAAAGGCGUCGCAAAAAUGUUAAUGUUU